GACGAUCUUCUGUUGUUUCUCUUUACUUUUCCCUCCUCUCGUUUUCUCUCUCUCUUUCUCGAUUUGCUUUAUUUCCUGAUUCAUCUUUUCUGGGUUUUUUUUAUUUUCAUGAAGCCAUCUGCUCUGAUGUUUUGUCCCAAUGGCGGUUCUGUUGUGUCAUUGUAGCUUGUUGUGUCAUCCCACUUUCUCGAGUCUAAAGAAAGUGUAAUAAAAAUACCCACUAACUCUUUUUCGAUGCCCACUGCUUAAUUCGUGAUCGUUGUGGAUCCCAUUGGAUCUUUCUCCCACAAAUUAUUCGAUUUCGUUAUCGAUUUUUCCACUAUACAUACUGUGCUCUGAUUCAUAGUGGCAUCAUAGUUUUUCCUCUGGAAGGUCUUUCUGGUGCAAGAGCUGGGUUUGGUGAGAAGUUAUUGUGAGCACGUACCUGCCUCCCAUUAAGAGUCUCUAUCAUUCCGUAUGUUUGAUCAGGUUUGAGAACCUGAUUCAUCCCUCAAAACACCAUGUCGAAUCCAAUGGGAGGAGGUGAAGUAGGAAUGGCUGAGAGGAAAAACGCCAAUGGAGGCGAAUAUGUUAUCGAGGUUUCAGGUCAAGAAGCGUCAAAGGAUUCAAAGCCAGCUUCCCCUUUCAAGGAAGGAGUUUCACCUGAGUCAACCACAACAGCCAGGUCUCCAAGAGCAGUGGCCAUGAUGAAUUGCCCAUCUCCCGAAAUCUCGAAAUUGACCGGUAGCCCUCACAAGCCCCCGAAAGUUCCAACCCCCAGUAAGGAAGGUCUUACUCGUAGAAAAUCCCUUGCAAGAUCAGUUUACUCAAAGCCUAAGUCCCGGUUUGUGGAACAAGCUUAUCCAAUAGACCCGAGUCAGCUAGAAGAGAAUGGUGGAACUCUCAGGGAACAUUUUGGUGCAGGGUCUUUCUCUAGACGAUCUUUUAAUAUCGGAUCCCCGAAUAACAAGUCGGCUAGGAGUGUCGGAUCCACAGUCCCUUUGACCCCGAGCAAAGCUGCUGAGAUUGAGGAGAAAGAUAUAGAUGAGGAAAUCUACAAAAAGGUUAAACUGAAUAAAGAGAAGCGUGGCAGAGUUAGUACUCUGGCUUUGAUCGAGAUGUUUGUCUUUGUGAGCAUGGCAGGCAUGCUGGUUGCAAGUUUAACUGCUGAUAUGUUGAAAAAGAAAUCUGUUUGGGGAUUGGAGGUCUGGAAAUGGUGUGUUCUUGCAAUGGUGACAUUUUGUGGCAUGUUGGUGACGAAUUGGUUCAUGCAUUUCGUUGUCUUCCUGAUAGAAAAGAACUUCCUUUUGAGGAGGAAGGUUCUCUACUUUGUCCACGGUUUGAAGAAGAGUGUUCAAGUCUUUAUUUGGCUAAGUUUGGUUCUUCUUACAUGGGUGUUGUUGUUCAAUACCGGAGUUAAACGCUCGCGUAAAGCCACAAAAGUCCUGAACAUUAUAUCUUGGACUCUAGUUUCCAUUCUUAUCGGGGCAUUUCUCUGGCUGGUGAAGACAUUGUUACUGAAGAUCCUAGCUUCGAAUUUCAACGUCAACAACUUCUUCGAUAGAAUUCAAGAGUCCAUCUUCCAUCAAUAUGUUCUCCAGACCCUCUCUGGACCUCCGCUUAUCGAAGAGGCUGAGAGGGUUGGGCGUGAGCCAAGCACGGGUCGACUUAGUUUCACAAGUGUCAAGAAAGGGACAAAGGUGAAAGAGAAAAAAGUUAUCGAUAUGGGAAAGUUUCAUAAGAUUAAGCAAGAGAAGGUUUCUGCUUGGACAAUGCGGAUUUUGGUUGAAGCGGUCAGAACUUCAGGUCUCUCAACUAUCUCUAACACGUUGGACGAAACUACUUAUGCCGACGGGCAAGAGCAUUCUGAUAAAGAGAUCACAAGUGAAAUGGAGGCUGUGGCUGCUGCCUAUGAUGUAUUCAAGAAUGUUGCUAAACCGGGUCAUGAUUACAUCGACGAAGAUGACCUGAUGAGGUUCAUGAUUAAGGAAGAGGUAGAUCUUAUAUUCCCGUUGUUUGAAGGUGCCGAGACUGGGAAAAUUGUACGAAGAGCUCUUACAGAGUGGGUGGUUAAGGUUUACACGAGCCGGAAAGCUCUGGCACAUUCAAUAACCGACACAAAGACAGCCGUUAAGCAGUUAAACAAACUCGUAUCUGUGGUCUUGGUGAUUGUUACAGUUGUCAUUUUGUUGCUCCUUCUGGAGGUAGCAACAACAAAGGUUCUUGUUUUCUUUUCGACCCAAAUAGUGGCUCUGGCUUUUAUGAUCGGAAGCACCUGCAAGAACCUCUUUGAAUCCAUGGUGUUUGUGUUUGUGAUGCACCCAUUUGAUGUUGGUGACCGUUGUGUCGUUGAUGGCAUUCCGCUUAUGGUUGAAGAGAUGAACCUGUUAACGACAGUGUUUCUGAAGCUUGACAAUGAGAAAGUGUUCUAUCCAAACGCGGUUCUGGCCACCAAACCCAUCAGCAAUUACUACAGAAGUCCCGAGAUGGGGGAUACAGUAGAGUUCUCCAUCGCAUUCUCAACACCGGUUGAGAAAAUAGCCCGUCUCAAAGAAAAAAUUGCCCAGUACUUGGAGCAGAACCCGCAACACUGGCAGCCAAACCACACGGUGGUGGUGAAAGAGAUCGAGAACGUGAACAAACUGAAGAUGGCUCUAUACAGCAACCACACGAUCACGUUCCAAGAAUACCGCGAGCGGAACAUCAGAAGAACCGAGCUUGUCAUCGCCAUCAAGAAAAUGUUCGAGGAUCUUCACAUCGAUUACAGUCUCCUUCCUCAAGAAGUACAUCUCAGCCAAAGGUAAAAGAAGGCAUGGAAAUGAGAAAUAUAUUUCCCGGUUAUUCAUUUUGGAGUCUUGAACCGGUACGGAAUGGUUGGCUUUUUGUUACUCGAUUGUAGUAGGUCACUUACCAGAUUUGUGUUGGUUCGGUUAGGUAGUAAUGAGUCCGGUACGGCUAUGGUCGGUUUGGUGAAAUGCUGGAAAAACUAUACCGUUUUGUGAGCUUGAGAUUAUAUCAGAGAUUCAAAGUUUUUGUUUUA